AAAUCCAAACAUUUUCCUAAAAUGGCAACCAGCGAGGCCUUCUCAACUGACAAAGCUAAAUUUGUCAGAUUAAAGGUGACACAAGAAAAUGUAAUUUUUAUUGACGGACAGGAGGCUGGAGGAAAAAAACACAAUACAGUUCUUACAGGAUUUUUGAAAUUACAACCAAAGGCAUUGGGGACUUUCCAGGUAAUGAAUGGAGUGAUGAUCUUCUUUCUUGGAAUUCUACUCACUAUCCAUAACUACAAUUACCCUGCUAUUCUAGCCCAUAGUGGCAUAACCUACUGGGGAUCCCUUAUUUACAUCAGUGCUGGAUCUCUGUCUUUUGCAGCUCAGAAUAAACUUCAUCCAUAUGUGAUGAAAGCAUCUUUUGGAAUGAAUGUGUUCAGUGCCAUAACUGCAGGCAUCACCAUUGUUCUGAUGUCCGUACAAUUAGGAUUAAUAAUGAUGAUGGAUCCAAGUUUAUAUGAUGAGUAUCUUAUUUUGCGGAUCGUCGGAAUAAUGCUGGUGUUCACCAUUCCUCAGUUCAUCAUCUCCAUCUAUAUCUCCGCAUUUGCCUGCAAAGCCACCUGCAACAGAGACUCUACAGUGGUCAAUGUUUUAUUAAACUAGGUAAAUGAUUUAAUCAUGGUUUUAGCCCAACAACCAACAGCUAUUUGUGUUGUAGUUGAUGUUUUUAGGGAAUGACACAAAUCCUCUAAAUAAGCCACCACCAAAUGUCAAGUUAGCAGAAUGAAAAGUAAAUAUAACGUGACCAGGAUGUUUCAUGGUAAACUGACUUUAAUAUUAGUGCACAUCAUACUGUAUAAAACAGUAUGGCAGAUUUAAAGGGAAUGGGAGAGAAGACUUUAUUGCACGUUACGUUACGGCCAAAACACACCCAUUACUCAUUAAAAGACUAGGGACAACCCUUUUAGACCAUGCGCCGGGCACCCUGACCAUUUUUCCGGUCAUUAAACCUGCAAAAGUGGAUUCGGACACAACAUAGGUGCACUUGCACCGUGCACUUUAGACCAUGCGCUUAGAUCUUUAAAAUAGGGCCCACAGUAUCUGUUACUUCUCAGAGAUACUGAAUUACAGUGAAGAGAUUGAUGUAUUAUUGCUCCUGAUUUUUCUAGAAUAUUUGUGCAUAUCAUACUUCUGCAUUAAGCAAGGCCCAACAUUUUGUCAUGUGUUUUCAUUUCAUGUUUGAUGUGGACCAAAGAUUGUAUUUGUUAUCCAAGUUCCUGAAUUAGUAUAUUCUGGACUUGUAUGUUUUGUUUGUUGUGAUACAGUGGAACACACUUACACUGAAUUGAAUUUGAAGUAGAAAUUAAAUAUCUUCUCCCCACCUAACCCUUACAGGAAACUUCCAGCAUUUUUAGAAUACAUUUAAAAAUAAAUUACAAAUGAGUACAAUUUUUUUUAUUAUUAUUAUAUAUUUUGUCAGGUUUAGCUCACUUCUGGGUACAAAUAUGGUUAAGUGGUACAAACACACACAAAUUUUGUGGUCAAAAGCCAAUAGUCAGACAAGGUAAAAACAUCUGUGUUAUCCAUACCAAGUCAACAAAGAAGAGUAACUAUAAGACCAAACUUCAGAAACUUCAGUGC